AUGAAUGUUGCUUUUUUGCUCACGCUCCUGGCUCUAUUGAUUGGCAGCGUCUGGCUGGAGAAGCACCUGGUGGCGUCGGGUCGCAGGACUGGUACUCUGUACUGCAGGGUGGGCAUCGGCUUCCACCUUCAGAUCAACCCGAACGGCAGGGUGAACGGCAGCCACCAACCCAACCAUCUCAGCCUGCUGGAACUGUUCUCCUUGUCUCAGGGGGUCGUAGGUAUCCGAGGAGUUCACAGCAACCGGUUUUUAGCCAUGAACAAGCGAGGAUGGCUUCAUGCCACCGAGACGUUCACCGACGACUGCAAGUUCAGGGAGCGCUUCCAAGAGAACAGCUACAACACGUACGCCUCGGUGAUCCACCGGAACCACCGGACAGGCAGAGAGUGGUUCGUCGCCAUCAACAAAAAAGGAAAGGCCAAAAUGGGUUCCAGCCCCAAAGUCAAGCCCCAGCACGUGUCGACUAAUUUUUUACCCAGGAUGAACCUGCACAAGAGCUCGGAUCAGGGUUUCAGGAUAGCGGACAAACACCGGACGGAAGCUUCGGCGCCACAGAAGCCAGCGAAGCCUCAGAUUCCUAAAGUCGUCACGGACACGGGGGCGCCGAAAGGAACUCGGACCGUCAGGUUCUGGCCCAAAUUUCGAUUCGGGUGA